AAAUGAUCCCGACAAGUUGCGAUAACUUGAACGCGAGACCGUUUUAGGGCCAACGUUUCAAGAAAACCGUUUUGACGAUUAAAAGGGAUCAGUCAGUAAAAAAUGGAGAAACUAAUUAGAGCUUAUUUAACAGUAUAUCUCUGUGUACCUUUUGUAUUUUGAAUUGAAAAUUCUUAUUUAAUGUACUGAUGAAAGAAAGUUUUAAACAAUAAUAGCGUUUUUAUUGGUGAAUAAUUAUUUGACAGCUGAUCCCUGGCUCGUGCAAAAUGGCGGAAAUUCGAAAGUGGGAUAAAUUACUAUCAACAAAAGAUGUUUCCAAUGAAAAACGGCUUACAGAAGCAGCACAAAACAGAAACAUUAAAGAAAUCGAACGUUUGCUUGAUGCAGGAGUGUCACCGGAUGCGUCUGAACUCAACAGACAGCUGUUUUAUCAGUCCGAAUAUUACCUGACACCACUUCACCAUGCUACACAUCGCGGAUACGAUGAUGUAGUUAACUUGCUUAUUAAAAGAGGAGCCAAUGUGAAUGCCUGUGAUCGUUUUGAUGUUUGUCCACUCCACACAGCGGCAGAAUUGGGGCAUGAAGAGUGCCUGGUUCAUCUAUUGGAUGGUGGCGCUGACUGUAACAGCAGUACCAAGUUCUCGAAACAUGGAUCUUACACAGCUGUGCCUCACGCAGGCGGGACCACACCCUUGCACUUAGCAGCUUUUAAUAACCACAUUGGUUGUGUUAAACAACUCAUCUGGAAUGGGGCUGACUACAACGCUGUGGAUGAACGGGGAAGGACCAGCCUCUACCUAGCUGCUGAGCAGGGCUACAGUGAUUGUGUGCAUGCUCAUCUUGAUAACGCAAUAUGGAAAGAUAUCUUAUCGUUGCCGGAAAAGUUUACAGGCAACACCCCAUUGCACGAGUGUGUAAAAAAGAACAUGCUGGACUGUAUAGAGAAGCUCCUAGAAAGGGGUUCCGAUGUUAACCAUCUGAACCAUUUGGGACUUUCCCCUCUACACCUUUCAGUAAUGGCUGGUGAAAACUACCAGCUGGACACUGUCAAACUUCUCAUCACAAAGGGAUACAAGCCCAAUGUUAACCUGUGUGAGAAAAAAUGUUCAUUUACCCCUCUGCAUUAUGCAUGCUUUACUGACACAGUCAGCCAAGAGAGACGGCCGGAGCUAGCAGAGCUACUUCUUGCAUAUGGUGCUGACCACAAUAUCCGAAACAAACGAGGUUUCUGUUUGAUAGUGAGUGAGCUUAGAGGUGGACAUAGCGACAGAACAAUUCUUAGUGCAAUAUACAGAUGUGUUAUUCACCUUCCAAGCCUGGACGUUUUAGGCCAUGCUAAUCUUGUGGGGGACUCCCUGCUUAUGAGGGGUGGGUUGGCAGGGGCAGGGAUUUUCGGGGGUAUGGGACACGCUGGGAAUAUCCAAGAUCUACGGCAGCAUCACUUGACAUUGGCCAGACACUGGGCAGAAAAUCAACGUGAGAAAUUAAAUUGGUACAGACAGUUGUUACAAGGACCAAGAACAUUACAGCAUUACUGUAGGUGUGUUAUAAGGGAGUGCAUUGGCGCUAAAAAACUUGUGAAAGUUCCGGAGUUACCUCUUCCAUUGACAAUGAAAGAGUUUCUUCUUUUACAGCACGGGUAGUGUUGCUUCUGCUUAUAAAUGAUUAAAUUGUUAUCAUAACCCUAUAAACCAUGGUUUAUAGGUAUGUUGUUAUCAUGGGUUUUGGUUCAAAGAUUUCUUGAUAUUUUGUUUAUGUAGACGUUGUUUUGUGUUAAUGUUAAUGUGUUAUGUCUCUAUAUAUAUAGUAAUAUAAUUAUAUAUUUACAAUGUACACAAUUUAAAAUAAUUGUUAUAGACAGUUUCUAUGAUAGUGAAAUCAAGGACCUAUAAACCACAUCAGUCCGUGGUGAAAUACAAGUAUUUUCUUUUCAGUUUGUUUUUUAUCCCAGAUUUAUAGCUGUUGCUGGAUGAAAAUUUGUUUUGAAUGAAAUGAAGAAAAUCAAAAUAAAGAACAUAAAUCAGA